GCUCCAUUCCUGACCAAAUCUCUCAAACUUCAGCUGUUAAUAUACAAAAUAAAUCACAUUCUGAUAGUAGUAGUAUAUCUCGAGCUGAACUAGAUAAUAUGAUAAAAUCACAAUUAGCUUUAGUACCAACUUCUUCUAUUCAGUCUUUACAGCUCCAGAAAACACAAGCUUUACAGUCUCAGCAAAAGCAACCCGAUUUCAGUGACUACCUUAGAGUACUAGAUAAAUAUAUGCCAGAAAGACCACCAGAUGGGUAUGGCGCAAAUUCUGAAAAAUUUAUUCAUUGUGAUCUUAUAAACCCAACUCCUUUAGCCAGCUGA